GGUUAUGCUUUGCUUCUCUCUCGAGCCAAUCUCUCUUCGUUGAUCAUCCCAAAAGCCGGCAUGAAGGUCCAAUCAUGGCUAGCCACAUGCUCGACCAGCACCCGCGACACUUCCACCCACGACUCCACCAUUCCAUUGCCUCGAAACCCCUCACACUCGAAGGGACACCUCGUUUCAGAUAGCUCCUCCGAUAAUCGCGGGAGCGCCACGUCAUCUUCAGCUUCUUCGAGUGACACCAGCUGCAGCAGCCUUCAGAGCAACCUCUCCCUCCAGACUCUGCCAUCUGUCCCUUCUUUACAAAAGCUCUUCCCCGAAACUAUACGCUUUUCCGUCUCUCAGAUCAGCGUUACGUCGAUUAACCCCCGAACGAAGCAUCCGAUCACCUGCGUUGCGGUUCAGGGUAACUUCUUGUAUGCUGCUUCUGUUAACGAAAUUAACGUCUACGAUCGCGAAACCUCCACUCUUGUCGAUGUAUACAACAGCCAGGAUUCCUCCUCCGGUUCCGUCAAGUCCGUCAUUUUCUGUAACGGGAAGAUCUUCACUGCUCACCAGGACUGUAAGAUCCGAGUCUGGAAAAUGACCAUGACUAAACAGCACAAGUUUUUAACCGCUCUCCCUACCGUUAAUGACCGUUUACGGCGUUUCAUUCUUCCAAAGAACUAUGUCAACGUCCGCCGUCACGUGAAACGGUUGUGGAUCGAACAUGCGGACGCCGUUACGGGACUUGCCGUUAAUAAAGGUCUAAUCUACUCAGUUUCUUGGGAUAAAACCUUUAAGAUAUGGCGAGCUUCUGAUGUCCGCUGUUUACAGUCUAUCAAAGCACACGACGACGCCAUUAACGCUGUUGCUGCCUCUGCUGACGGCACAGUUUACACAGGGUCCGCUGACAGGCGGAUCCGAGUCUGGGCGAAACCGUCAGGUGAGAAGCGGUACGAGUUGGUGGCAACUUUAGAGAAGCACAAAUCAGCGGUUAACGCACUGGCCUUAAACGACGAGGGGUCCGUGCUUUUUUCGGGUGCGUGUGACCGUUCGAUAUUGGUUUGGGAAAGGGAGGAUAGCGCCAAUUACAUGGUUGUGACGGGAGCGUUGAGAGGGCAUGGGAAGGCGAUACUAUGCUUAAUCAACGUCUCGGGUUUGCUUAUGAGUGGAUCCGCUGAUCGGACGGUUAGAGUCUGGCAGCGAGGACUGGAAGGGGAAUAUUGUUGUUUGGCGGUUUUGGAAGGUCACCAGAAGCCGGUGAAGUCGUUGACGGCGGUUAAGGAGGAUGAACAGAGGGAUGUUGUUUCGGUUAUUAGCGGAAGCCUGGAUGGGGAGGUAAGGACGUGGAAGGUCUCGGUUUCGAGACCCAGUAGUCCGUCAUCAACGACAGAUUUCCUAAAAUGGCAUUUGUAAAAUUAAUUAAUAAAAGGAAUUAACUGUAAUAAUUACAUCAUAAAAGGAAAAAAAUUAGCGGGCACUGAAUUUUUUUGAUAUGUGUCCUGGACGUUUUACCAACCAGGAUUACUUGUUUGUUUGUUUUUUAUUUAUUUGUUGAGUUCUUUGGAGGAGCUGUUUGCUUUGUAGAAUAAAUUGUAUUUACAGACGUAUUAUCUCACUGUUUUAUUAAUGGUGCAUAUACUCUAUUACUAUAUUA